AGAACAGAAGCAGAUAGCGCGCUUCCAAGGUCGUUCGCACAUGGCGCUCCUCCAGCCGCUGCUCCGGCUCCUUCUCCUCCGGCCACCGCCACCGCCGCCACAACGGACUCCUCACCUCCCGCCCCCUUCCGCCUCCACCCGCCGCGUCGCCGCCGCCUCCGCCGCAGCGCUCCUCCUGCUCGCCGCCGCUUCCCCACCUCCGCGGCCCGCCCGCGCCGAGCCCGGCGGCGGCGAGGACGACGUCGACGAGACCCACGUCGUGCGCCUCUUCGAGGGGGCGUCGCCGUCGGUGGUGUUCAUCAAGGACCUCCUUGUUGUGGCGCAGCCGCGGGGAAGGGACGGAAGGGGAGCGCAGCCGGUUUAUGAUGAGGAGGGCGGCGCCACGGUGGAGGGGACCGGCUCUGGCUUCGUGUGGGACUCCUCCGGCCACAUUGUGACAAAUUACCACGUUGUUGCUAAAUUAGCUGGGGACGGAUCUGAAUCUCAUCGCUGCAAGGUGUUCCUAGAGGAUUCAAGUGGCACUAGUUACUCAAAGGAGGGGAGGCUAAUAGGGUAUGAUACAGCACAUGAUCUUGCUGUUCUGAAGGUUGAUGUUGACGGUGAUAAGUUGAGGCCUGCUUUGAUUGGCACAUCACGGGGUUUGCGAGUCGGGCAGAGCUGCUUUGCCAUUGGGAACCCUUUAGGAUAUGAACACACCUUAACUACUGGGGUGGUUAGUGGUCUGGGAAGGGAGAUACCAUCUCCAGACGGGAGGGUGAUUCGUGGCGCCAUACAGACAGAUGCUGCUAUAAAUGCUGGUAACUCAGGAGGCCCACUAAUUGACUCUUAUGGCCAUGUAAUUGGAGUUAAUACAGCUACUUUCACACGCAAAGGAUCAGGGAUCUCAUCAGGGGUGAACUUCGCCAUCCCUAUCGACACGGUCGUGCAGUCGGUCCCUAACCUAAUUGUGUAUGGAACCACUGUGAGCAACCGGUUUUAAUCAUCUCUGCUCGAUGAACGCAAAAGCUCUUCUGCGACGUUCACUGCGACAUCUGCUCUGAGGUUUCUUUCGUCAGGAGGACAUCUGCUGAUCUGCUCAAAGUUCAAGGUGAUCAUGGCUAGGAUCUGAAGCCGGAGGUGAAAGUACAGUACAGAGGAGGAUGCUUCCUUAGUUGACACUUGUGACUGCGAUAGCAACCGAGGGUGAAGGGAAUUUGAUAUAAUUGGUGAUGCUCCUGUGCCUGUCUUUCAGGAAUCCAAGAAUCAGUCCUUAUCUCACACAAUCAAUGACAUGCAAAACCAAACCCCUCCCUUUAUGUGUAACAUAAUAGCGACCGGCUCACAGCGGCAACGUCUGUAUGAGCAGAGGACAGGAGCUGGCUGAAUGCGUACAUAUCCUUUCACGAAGUUAUGCUGGCCUCUUUGAUUCGCGGGAACUUUCAUCGUUCCCUGCCGGAACUAAACUGUUCGCUAA